GACAUUAACGUUGAAACAGAGCUUCAGGGUACCAACACUGUCGAUUCCGUCGAUAUUUAGCGUCUUUUCUCCCACCUCUAACCCUCUAUUCCCUCGUCGUGUCGGUGGGCGGGAAAAGCGGCCGGUCCUCGCCGCUUGACUCGACGAGACGAACAUCAAUCAAUCAAAAUGUGACAUACGUCAACCGAAGCGCUGCCCAGUCGAUGUAUUCGGUGCGUAAUUCGAUGUAAAGUGAACUCAGUCGGUCACACGUUACGGGAUCGGUCACGACGUUAAUCAGCGGGGCCCGUUUGGUCGAGUUUAAUCGGUCAGGGUUAUUGUUUUAGAGGAGAAAAGACAGUAGCAACGGCGGAUGGAGGGGGGCGUGGCCUCAGGUUUUAGAAAUUCUAUCCAUUGUUCCACUCCAACGCGCGAAGAGAACACCUCUGUGGAGCUCUCAGCCAAUCAGGCGCCGCCGAGCCGCUCUUAGCUCCGCCCAUGAGCCUAUAUUAAAGGCUCGGCCGUGAGCAGCGCUGGCCACUGGCACAAUAUAAUAGAAUUGAUCCACAAUCCGAGGAGAGAGGGAUUUACUUUAUCAACCUUUCAUUUUUCAGCCGUCCUUUAUUUUAUUGAACUAAAACAAUGGCAGACACACAAGUCGACUCCGGCUCGGAUAUCUCUGCAAAGGUAAGCAGCUCCUCCUCACACCUCCGGCGCCUCAUUAAGCUCCUGAGCAGAACCAGCAGCUCCAGGCUCUAACCUAGAUUUUCACAAGACCUUUCCCCGUCGUUGUUCGCGCUCAUUCGGACUCCUGAGUGGUAGAGACCCGGGGAGGGAGCGGAGGUUUGAGCCGGUGGUGGUUCUCCUCUGAUGGGGAAAUGAAAGCUGGGGGUCUCGGCUCCGCAUCAUGGAAACGGGCUGCGCGCUGAACCCGUCUCUCAUUGUCCGGAGCAGAGCAGUCUGCGCGGGUUCUUUGUUUAUACAGGCGGCUCGGUUCUCCUCGCUGAGACACACACAGCAGGUUCGGACCCGAACACGGACCAUCAGCAGCCGCUCUAUCACGCUCUUUUUUCCGCUCUUUACCUGCCGCUCCGUUGACGCGCCUUUCACACAUUUUUAUCCCACAUCUUUGAAACGCGAAUUAAAUCAACCUUGAGUGUGCGUGGAACCCGAACAGCCCGGGUUUUCUGGGCGGUGAUGGGCUGAGUUCGGCGGUGUGGUGCUGAAGUUGGUCCGUUUGAAUGGAGGACGGAGCGGCAGGCAGGCGGUGCGUAAUUCUCUCCCCCUGAUGUCAACUUUCGGAGCUCCGGGUCGUGUUGGGUUGUUGUUUGUUUGUUUGUUCACUGGCCUUGUUUUUAGAGAGCAACAGUGGGCCUGCGUGGCUGCACACACCGACCCGGUUUGUUUACCGACUCAGGAAGGUCGGCGGCGGCGGCGGCUCAUGUUUAUCCAGCCUCCGUUUACCGGAGAGUCUGUGACACGGAGACUCGCCGCCGCGGCUUCCGCUUCUUCUUGACUUGAGUAUUUUUGGAGCACGUUUGCAGGGCGCGUAAGUGUCUCAGGGGAAAAGUUUUUCUCUCUUUUUCUGUAAUGCAGCCCACUUCUCCCUCCUGUGUGUGUGUGUGUGUAUGUUAGAGUGUGUGUGUGUGUGUGUGUGUGUGUGUGUCCGGGCUGUGGAGGUGUGAUGUGACGGUGCUGGUUUUCCCCUCACUUUGGGCUCUUUCCCUCCUCUCUGCCCACCUUUGUGCUUCAGUAAAGAUUAAUUUCCUUUUGGUUGGACUUUGGAUCAGAUUGGGUAAAACUUUAAUCGCCCCCGCGGGGGGAGUCUGGGAUCCGCAGCAGCGGCGGCGGCAGCAGGGGGGGGGGGGAAUCCAGGCUGUAGAUGAUAAGAGCAGCAGAACCGAGUAAUUCAGAGUGAAUGUUCCGAAUGGACCCACGGAGGGAAGGAGAAGGUGGAGAGGGAAAAGUUGGGGCCUGGUAUUAGCGCUGAUAAUCCGCGCUGCCUGCUCAGCCACUAUUUAUAGUUGUGGAGCAUUUUUACGCACAAGCGCCUUUUUACGCACAGUGGGAGAGUGCGCGAGCGGAGCCUCGAGCUCAACUCAACCUCAUUUGUCUCCUGCCAAGGAGCUGCCGAUGCUCCUAAACAGCUUAAUGGAUUUUAACCAAUAAGAUUAUGUAAAGCAAUUAAUCAAUCGCGGUGAAUGGGUUGGAUGUGCGGGUCAUGCGUGCGGAGGGGAUAACGGGCUGGGGGGGGGGGGGACGGACGAUGUCGACAAAACGAGGAAACAGAGCGCUAUUAAUAGGCAUGGCGGGCGGUUUUCCGGUCCGAGCGGGGCUGAAAACCCCCUGAAGGUGCGUGAGCCGGUGCGUGCGGGGGCUCCGGAGCGUCUUUGCGCGUUUCUCGCCGCUCCUCUCGCCUGCCAUGUGUCGUCUUCUAUUGUCCUUUACAGCCUCCGUUACAACGAGCGGCCAGCAGCAGCAGCGUGCAGCGCGCUCGCCGCCGCCUCCCCCCUUUUCUCCCUCCUCCCUCUCCUCCUCCUCCUCCUCCCUCCUCCUCCUCCAUCACCCCCUCCCUCCUCGCUCUCCUCCCGCCCUCCCCUGCUUCUGCGCCGUCCUGUGUUAUUUUAAAUGGCGCGUUGCACUCUGGGUAUUGCAGUGCCUCUCCCGGGCGUGUCUCGUGACAUAUGGUGGUGACGGCAGACAGUGGAAGACUACAAUACCCAGAAUUCCCUCGAGGACACAUCAAGGUAUCAGAUUACAACACAUUAGAGGGGAUGGAGUGGGAGGAGGAGGAGGGAGGGGGGAGGAUCUGCAGAGAGCAACAAGGAGUUUAAAUAGGAAGGCUUCAUUCUGACAGGGACUGAGCUCCCAGCAUGCAUUGGGACUCAGUAAUCAGGCCAUCAGGUAGCGGUGGCGGCGGCAGCAGCGAGUCUUGAUGGAUCAGCUGCACGUUUGAUAAAAAAGUUGUGUUUGUGUUUUUUUUUCAGGAUCUGAAAGAGAAGAAGCAGCAGCAGGAGGAGAAGGAGAACGGCAAAGAUGCCGCCACCAACGGAAAGGUAACCUCCACCGCCUCCACCCUGACCAUAUAAGGACUUCCUGCUGCUGCUGCUGCUGAGCACUUCCUCUCUUUCUGCUCUACGGUUAAGAACACGAGAUGAACUUUUCUCUUUUCAAACUUCUCUCCAGGAGAACGAGGAGAACGGAGAGCCUGAGGUAGACGAUGAAGAAGAUGAGGAGGUUGACGAGGAGGACGAGGAAGACGAGGGAGAAGGUAACAGGAAGAUCUUAUAUCUCAGUGAUGUCAUUUCCUGCGAAAAGACAAAGUCCCAAUGAGCCGUGGUUUGUUUCUGUCUUCUGCAGGUGAUGAGGAAGACGAGGAGGACGAUGACGACGAGCUCGAGGGCGGCACAAAACGGGCAGCUGAGGAUGACGACGAUGACGAUGAGGUGCGGUUCCAGACUCCUCCGUUUCCAGAACGAUAACCGGCGGCGUUUCCUCCGUACUCACCUUCUUUCUUCUUCUUCUUCUUCUUCUUCCAGGACGACGUCGAAACCAAGAAGCAGAAAACCGACGAUGAUGAUUGAUGCGUUUUUCCCCUGAACCAUCCUGCUGAACCACUUCCUGAUUCUUCACCUCUGACUGUUUUUAGAUGUCACAGGUGGGGGGGCUGGAGGACUGAUUUAAAAAGGAAAAAAAUACUUAAUUAAAAAAAAAAAAAAUCCAACAUGGUCAUUAGCAAGUAGAGUUCAACAAAACAUCAACCACGUCCACACACUCUUCGAUCUCCCCUCAAAACUGCAAAACAAAUUUUCUAGAGGACACACGCCAACACUUCGACGCAGAAAUCCGGCUUCUCUUCAACAACAACAACAACACGAACGGAGAAUUUGUUUGUAUUUUUAUUUACAUUUUAUAUUUUUGUACAUAUUGUUAGGAGGAGGGGGGGUCAGUUUCUCUCUCGGCAGCGAUCUUGUCAGACCAAAUCGGUGCUUCUUUAACGAAAGAUUUUACUUGGUUGACCAUGUUACGAUAUCUCAGCAGAAGAACUAGAAGAGACAAAAAAAAAAACCUGUAAAAACAGUAAAAAAACCAUGAAAGACAAACCUCUUAAGCCGUUGAACUCAGAGCAUUCCAGUAAAUUUAAUGUAUGUACUUUAGCUGUACCAUAACUAGUUUGUUUGUAUGGGAGGGUAAGGCCAAAGAAAAGAGCCUCUUUUCUUUUUCCUUUUUCUUUUUUUUUUUUUUGUUUUUGUCAGCGACUUUUUGUUUUAUGACGGCCUGUUUUGAUGUAUGUGCGAAGUUUGUUGUUUGACAAUAAACCGGACUUUUAUUUUGUGAGUUGUACUUUGCAUCUCUGCUUGUUUUUUCUCACAGUGACGUCUCAGGUGAAGGUACACACACUUACAAAAAAAACACAGAAACAAUAAUCCCACAUUAAACGGUGAAGUACA